AUGAGUCGUACAUCCAACAGUUACCAUCAUCGGCAUCAAGCAUACUUCCAUCCCCACGAAGAUGAGUUUGCCGCUCCAUCGACACCAUUCUACCACCAAUUUCAUGAUGUCUUCACGCCCGUUCCCUCACGUACCUCUAGGUAUUGCUUCGAGGAGAAGGAUGUACGCCACCUGUCGGCACCUCCGAUGCUUCAAACGUGUUUAGCUGUAGAGGAAUGCCCCAAGGCAAGUACCUCGCCUCCUUCGCGGCGACUUCCAUCUUCUCCUUUGGUGAAGCGGAGCUCUACCCCCGCUCCCACACCGUCAUGUACAAGAAGUUCAGCUACCGCUUCGCCCUCUCCUGCUAUCUCGCUUGACGAUGAAGCCAUUUGGUCCUGCGACUCUGGCGACACCUUUGAGUGCCCCUUUGACUAUUACGAAAAGGUUCUUGAACAUGCCAAAACGUACGGCUUUACUAUAGCCCGCUCCUUUGAGCGCUAUUGGGAAGAAGAUCAACAAAAGUUUGGAGUCGUCGUGAAAAAAGGUUACAUUUACUGUAAUGUUCUGAAGUGCCAGCGCGGUCGACGCGGAUGUUGUUUUGGAAUUCGCUUUGUGCAUGUACCCAAGCGCGGUGUUUACAAAAUCAACAAAUGUAAUGGGACACAUUUGCACGAGUUGGCUGUCGGGCAACAUAACAACGGCAGGCGACGGGCCCCGGUGGUGACUCAGAAAGGUUGCAAGAGGUUGAGGGUCGAGACAAGUCCAGAAAACAAGACAGUCUCGGCAGCAGUAUUCGCUGCUCCAGGCAUGAAACCAAUGCUACGAACCAAAGGUGAGCCUUGGGGAUACCCAGACGAAUAUUUCUCCUGUACAUCUGUGCUUGGGCGCAGCAGCUACUACACGUAG